CUGAGCCGUUCAUUUACUUGAUAUCAGUGCUUAUUUUCUGUUCUGUGAAGUCACAACUCCGCUAGUGUUUAAAAUGAAAUCGAGUUACGUUCUAGUCUUCCUUGCUUGUGCCUUAGGAUUGGUUCAUAUCGUCAUGUCUGGUGGUGGAGAUCACUCGCAUGACUGUUCCUUACCACCUGAUAAUGGUUAUAGCUGCAGUUCAGAGAUGGGCAGUAGUGGAGAAAUGGGCAGCAGUGCAGAUUCUGAAACAGCUUAUUAUUUCGUAAUUGAAGACUCCAUGUGUUAUCCAUUCCAAUACUACGGAUGCGGUGGUAACACAAACAGAUUCAAUGAUUCCACAUUCUGCGAGACCUACUGUUUACUUCAAGGAGCAGCAAGACCUCUCUUGGAACAAUAGACUCACCAGCC